AGAGACAAAAUGAAGACCAUCCUCGCUACCUUGCUCGUCGCCGCAGCCGUCUGUGCAGCUCAGAAAUUCCAAUUAUCUCCUGAAACUGCCAAACUGCUCGCAAUUGCCCAGAAGGAUUGCGCUGUCAGCGAAGGCAUCGAUGAGAAAUAUUUGGGAAGGGUGAACAGCGCCGAAAAUUUCCCGACCUACGAAGAAAUCAAAUGUCUCAGCCAGUGCGUCUUCAAGAAGUUCAACGUAAUGGACGAUGCCGGAGAGUUCCAUGACGAGGUCAUCCACGGCUACGUAUCCGAUCCCGAGAAGUUGACCAAAAUUUUGGCCGUCGUCAACAAGUGCAAAACCAAAGCUGACACCGCCUGCCAGAGGGCCUACGAUGUCCACAGUUGCUUCUUCAAAACUAUCAACCAAUGAAUAACAUAAUUUAUACAUUAUAAAUAAAAUAUAUAUGCUUUUUUU